AUGUUUGAAUGGAUGUUUGGCAAAAAGCAAACUCCCCAAGAGAGAUUGCGCAAGAACCAGCGAGCUCUGGAGAAGACUCAAAGAGAACUCGAUAGAGAGCGAUUAAAGUUAGAGCAACAGGAGAGAAAAUUAAUUGGGGAAAUAAAGAAAUCUGGUCGUAAUGGACAAAUGAGAGCGUGUAAGAUUCAGGCAAAAGAUCUUAUUAGGACGAAGAAGAAUAUACAGAAGUUUGCAAAGAUGAAGGUGCAACUCCAAGCAAUUUCACUCCGUAUACAAACAGUUCGAUCGAAUGAGCAAAUGACACAGUCAAUGCGUAAUGCUGCGCAAUUACUUGGAACGAUGAAUAAAUCUAUGAAUUUGCCCCAAAUAGCUCAUAUUUCUCAAGAAUUCUCUAGGCAAACGGAUAUCAUGAGCCAGAGAGAGGAAAUGAUGGAUGACUCUCUGGAUGAUUUAAUGGAUGAAGAGUUAGAUGAUGAAGACGAAGAGGAGGUAGACGAAAUAAUCAGCAAGGUACUGGACGAAAUUGGGGUUGAUUUAAGUAAUAAUUUGAUCGAUGUUCCUGGAGAAGUCGUUACAGAAGGACAAACAGGAGCUAGAGUCGCAGUUAAGGAAGACGACGACUUACAGGCACGCUUGGACGAUCUCCGGAGAUAA